AUGAAUCGUACUAGAAUUUGGUUAUUAGUUUUUAUAGGUUUAGGUAUAUUAACCUUAAUGAUAUAUUUUAUUCCAAGCAUAAAUCAAAUUGUAUAUAGUAGUGGAAUAAGUUAUUAUAGACCUAAAUCAAAAUUUUCAAUAGCAGAUAUAGAUUAUGAAGCAAAAGGAAAGAAUUUUACAUAUGAUAUGAAUAACUUCCCAUGGGAAGAAUUUAAAGCAGCAGCAAGAACUGGUAAAACAGACAAUACAGAUAAAUAUUCACAAAUGUUGAUUUUAACAUUAUCAACCUACUUAAUUGAACCACCUUUAGUACCAAUAGAUGAAUCAUGUCAACCUGAACCAUUACCACCUAUCGACGAUUCAGUAUGCACAUCAAAAUAUUCAAGAGUGUUUUCAGGUAAACGUGAUAAACCUGUUAAAAUCGGACACAUGGUACAAAUUGGUUUCGAUGUUGAUGUUUUAGAAAUUCAUUUAAAUGAGUUAUACGAUGUCGUUGACCAUUUCUUUAUAAUAGAGUCAACAGUAACACAUUAUCAUAAAAUGUUGAAACCAUUAAUUUGGGAACAUGUUAAAUUUCAAGAUAGAUUUUUAAAAUUCAAGGAUAAAGUGGUGCAUUUAGUUUUGGAUGAUACUGAUGAAGAGAAUGGUAAAGGUUUAUUCGAUGCAGAAAGUUAUCAGGAAACUCGUCGUUGGCAAAAGUUUUUAGAUUGGAAUAAAAGAACAAAUCUAUAUAGUGAUGAGGAUAUUAUCGGGUUUGGCGAUACCGAUGAAAUCAGUGCAAGAAUUAAUUUACAUUUAUUAAAGAAUUGUCAAUUAAAAUCAGGUGUUGAUAUGGUUGAUAUUGGUAUUUGGUUCCCAUAUGGUCCAAUUAAUCAAGUUUUCAAUCCAGAUUUCCCAGUACCAAGUAAUCCAUACACACUCGGUGAUCCAACUUAUUAUACAAUAAAAAAAGCAAAAUCAACAACUAAAGCACCAUCUAGAAAUCGUGGUACUUCAGGUCACUAUAUGUUGGGUGGAAUGCAUAUGACUCAUUAUGGUUAUUUACCAUUCCAAAUGGUGAAAUAUUUAUCAUGUACUGAAUGUGGUAUAACAAGAGAGGAUCAAAUUACCUUAUUUUCAAAUGAUAUUGGAAAAGGUGAUAUUCAAAAAUUAGAACUUCGUCUAUUAGAAACAAAAUCUGAUCAUGCUCAUAGAAUUCGUCAAUUAAGUAGUAUGGAUGAUUUCUUUAAAAAAGAAGUUGCAAUUUUACCAUGGUUUUAUAAUUGUAAUCGUAAUCGUUACCCUGUUUGGGAAAGAAAAAAUGAUCCAAGAUUAUUUUAA